AUGAUGAUGUUUUUCAAUAGAGAAAUCAUUUUAAGGAAAGCCAUACCUCAAACUCAAUUGUUUCAAAAAAGGACUAUAGCAAGAUUUCCUGUCACCAGUCCAUUGGGGAUAAGACUCCAUAGCGUUUCGAAAGCUGUGCUCCGAGGAAUCUUAUUGUUUUAUGGAAGUGCAUUUGUGAUUGGUGGUGCAAGUUAUGCUGGAUUAUCAUACUAUGUUUCCAAAUAUCAACCUAUCUCAACUGAAUGGCCAUUCUUAGCUACUGUUAAUGCUAGAGUCGGUGUUUACUAUCAAGACAUUAAAGAGGAUUAUAGAGAUCCAAAUCGUGAGAUUGAAAGAUUCAAUGAAGCUUUAAGAAUCUUGGGCGAGGAAAGUGGUGAAGCUAUCGAUAAGAAUGAUGAAUCUGAAAGUCAUGGAAAAUUUAAGUUAUUACCAUUAAACAAAUUAGAAAAUAAGAGCAAAGAUUGGCAAAAGACAUAUGUCGAUAUUGUCAUCAGACUGGCGAUGGCUAAGGCUGAAAUUGGUGAUUUAGAAAAUGCAAACAAGUUGGUAUUAUACUCAACUCGUGUUCCAAUUGAUAUUGGCUCUUUGGACCUUAGAUCAAAAAGCUUACGUUUAGUAUCCAAAAUUUUGACAUUGAAAGGUGAAGACCCGGAAAAAGCUGAGAACUAUCUUCUUGAUGCUGUUAGAUUCAAUGAGAUUCAUCACGACGAUAUUCAUUUUAAAGCUAAUGGAUCAGUUUUAUUAGAUGCUUCUUCAAAGUUGAAUAGAGAAACGUUUCAAAGUUUAUUAGAUCUUGGUGUUUUAUACUCUAGACAGGAAAAAUAUUCUAAAUCUCUAGAAACAUUCUUGAAUUUACUCCAGAUCACUGAAAGUGAAAAUUUCAAAGAAAUUGAAGAACAUGCAGACGCGCCAUUAUUGAAAAGUUAUAUUGGAGAAAUCCUUUAUAGAAAGGGAAUGAUUGAGAAUUCUUUGAAAUGGUCACAAGAUGCAUACACUGAAGCUUCUUUCCAUGCAAAAGCCAAUAUAACAGCAGCUGUUGUAUCCCAACAUUCUUUACAGAAUUGCAUAAGCUUAUACAAAAAAUUGGGAAAUGAAGAAAAGGCUCAAGAGUUGGAAAAGGUACUUUCUGAGAUUGUUAUUCCGGCAAGAAACGAAACAAGCUGGAAAUCUGCAAAAGAUUUGUUCUUCAGUUUCUGAUAUACCUCUAUUCAAAUGCC